CAUAUGAUAGUGACAUCUGUGGUGGUGAGUGAAGUGAGUGAAGACUUUCCUACACUCUUGUGAUGAUAACAGUGGCACUGAUUUGUGGACAAGUGAUGUGAUUGUUGUGACCAAUGGAUGAUAAGUUCCGCAAAGCGAUGCUCAAGACUGGUCACAGUCAGGUGGACAAUGACAAGCAGGUGCUCGUGUAUGAGGUGGACCUCUACAAAGACAUGAUCGAGGAGUUGGAGGAGAACCUGAUCCGCAUCACCAACGACUACAAGAACAAGUGUCGGGGUUUCGAUCAAAUGACCAGAGAUAUGAAGAAAUUGCAAACUGAGUGUCAUUUCUAUAAGGAAUGUCUUCAGCAAAGGGAAUGUCUUAUAGAGGUUCGUAGACAUGGUAUGAGUGUUGCAUUCAAUCACUUAUUGUCACCCAUUGGGUCCACACAGAGGGCCGGAUUAGUGUUGAUCGACUCGCAUGAGUGCAAUGGUGUCGAUGCACUCAAUGGUGAUAUAAAUGGCACAACCAGUGAAUCCAUUGGUGAUGACAGUGGCUCUGAAUGUGGGCUCAGCGCGAGUGCCACCAAAACGGCUGCCAGUGCUUCGGCGAUAUCUCAAGAAGCGGCACAACUGCUGAUGGAUGUCUCGGGCUUCUCAUUGGAGGCCAAAAUCAAAAGCUUAUUAACCGAAAAACAGAUGUUUAUGAAUGAAAUGAAUGCAAUUAAGACUGAAUUAACUCUCGAGAGGGAGAGGUCCGCGAAAUUGGAGUUGACUUUAAUCCACGGCUCCAACCAAUCGGCCAAUUGUGAGCCUAAUCUAGACAUUCAAAGGGAGGCCAACAAACUGAUCAGCGAUUAUAAGUUCAAACUCAGGAAAUGUGAACAAGAAAUGACUGUUUUGAAUGGCAAUGUGGUCCGACUCGAGACACAACUGUUGAGGUAUAGGACUGCCGCAGAAGAAGCCGAGAAGUUAGAGGACGAGCUGAAGGCAGACAAACGCAAAACACAGCGAGAGUUGAGGGAAGCGUUGGCAAGGAUUGAAGAGUUGGAGACAUCGAACGCUCACUUGCAGAAGCGAAUCGACAAAUUGAAGUCAAACCGCAAUAUUGUCAUCAAUACCACCAAUUAAUGAUCAGAGACUUUCUUUUGGUUGAAUGACUUGUAAAUUAAUUGCUAAUAAUAUGUGAUUAGAAUAAUUAGUUUUAUGACUAAAUUGCGAGCACUUUAUACCGAAGGACUUAAUCUCACGCCUAGAGAAGACACCAGACAUACCAUAUCUGCAAUUAACCGAAAUAAGUGCCAAUUAAUGCAUUCAAACCAAUAGAGCUUGGAAUACAUGAAUCAAUCUAUAAUGAAAUUGCAUUUUCGAUAUAUUUGAUAAAACCGACUCUCAUAACACCACUAUAUAUUGCUAAACUUAUUUAAGGGAUGUAUGAUAUAAACUAUCGGAU